ACGCGGGUCCGGGAUGACCUGGAAGCGACGAACAGCUUGACGGGAGACAGCGCUCAGUUCACGGACUAUUUGUUCGCGGCUUGAGACAACUUGACUGUGUGAUGCGUCAUUGUGUCUAUAGGUGGUUAACGGGAUAAGGGAUUGUUUUGCUUUUGCUUACAGGUAAAAUCCCAGGUACUUCGGAGAUGAAGGACCACAGGUACAUGCUACUAGACCCGAUGCCUGUGUUGUGGAUCUGUUUGAGUUUUCUUUUCUUUCAAGGCACGAGCGGCGUGAACCUCGGCACUACCCAGAGGUUUGACGGGCUGUACAACAACUUGGGCAACCCCACAGACGGCGGAAGCAACCAGCCUCUGGCCAGGAACAUCACAACCAGCUAUGGUGAUUUUACCUACAUGCCGUCUGGCCAGGAGCGACCAAACCCUCGUUCCAUCAGCAACGACCUGUUCAAGGGGGACUCCGCCAUCGCUUCCUUCUACAACAGGACGGCGCUGUUUGCAUACUUUGGUCAGCUAGUACAGAGAGAGAUCUCUGACACCGAUGACGUCUCUUGUCCGGUCGAGAUCCUUGAAAUACCCGUUCCGCGCGGAGACCCCGACUUUGACCCCGAAAGCAUAGGAGAUAAGUCUAUGCCUUAUGAGAGGAUUGCCUAUGCUAGAAGUUCAGGCUAUUCGCCCAACAACCCUCGGAAACAGAUCAACAAGGCGUCCAGCUAUAUCGACGGCAGCUUCGUGUACGGCAGUUCCGUGGUCCGCACAGGCUACCUGCGAGAACACAACUCAGGAAAGCUGGCUUGCGAGGACAACUGGGGACGCUACCCCAAACUAAACAACAUCCGACUGCCCUUCAAAACGUUCCCCGACUGGCAACAGAAGCUGGUUAACCCUGAGGAACUGUGGAGACUAGGAGACACCCAUGUGUACGAAAAUCCCGGAAUUCUCUCCCUUGGCGUGCUGUUUUUCCGUUACCAUAACUACCGAGCUGACGAUAUAAGGAAAUACAACCCCAGCAUGUCCCCAGACGAUAUCUUCGAGCGUUCCCGGAGAUGGGUGAUUGCCUCCCUUCAGAAAGUCAUCAUGUACGAUUGGCUGCCGAUGUUGCUGAACACGUCCGUCCCAGAGUAUACAGGUUACCGACCAGCAGUGCAGAGCAAGGUGACUGACCUCUUCGAUGCCACUGCCAUCAAAUACAUCGACACUUUGAUUCCGUCGGGGAUCUAUCAGCGAACGAACAAUUGCCAGCUCUUGGAGACGCACCGACUGUGCAACACAUACUGGAUCGCUAAGGAUGUAUUGUUCAACAGUUUGAACGGGGCUGAGGAGACGUUGCUAGGACUAGCUUCCCAGCUGGCAGAGGGAGAAGACCACAUCAUCGUCGAGGACCUCCGAAGCAAGUUCUACGGUCCUCUGUUCUACUCCCGUCACGACAGCGUGGUCCUCAACAUCAUGAAAGGUCGCGACUACGGCCUGCCCGACUACAACACCGCCCGAAGGGAGAUGGGUCUGGACACUAUCACCUCUUGGGGGGACAUCAACCCAUGGCUGAACGCCACAGAACCCGAGGUUAUAGAGCGCAUGCGUGUUAUCCACAACGACAACCUUGAUAACAUCGACAUCUACGUGGGCGGGAUGAUGGAGACGACGCCGCAGGGGCCAGGGGAGCUGUUCUCCCUCAUCAUCAUGGACCAGUUUCUGAGACUGCGAGAUGGAGACAGGUUCUGGUUCGAGAACAGGAACAACGGCAUAUUCUCCGACGACGAGAUCGCUGAGAUCAUGUCCAUCACCAUGUACGACAUCAUCGUCAACACCACUACGAUUAUGGAGGACGAGAUCCAGCAAGACGUCUUCACCUUCUCACACAGUGACCCCUGCUCUCUGCCCUCACUGUUGAACUCCAGCAUGCUCGACGCCUGUCCUGCGCACAAGGGCUACAACUUCUUUGCCGGAAGUGAAAUACCUUACAUCAUCAUCUGGAUCUGUAUAGGAGUUAUACCACUAGCAUGCAUCCUGGUGGCCUAUAUCCUGGCCAAAUGCAAGCGAUGGCGUCACCAAAAGAGGGUCAAGGACGCUAAGGAGGAGAAGGAGAGGAAGAGGAUUCUACGACGUACCCUGUCGUCCAGUGUGUCAGUUCACGAGACUCAGGAGUGGCGGGGUAAGGAUGCGGCCGGGCGCUGUGUGGAGCUCCAUCUGACGUCCAAGGAGACGCUGGAGGUGUUCAGCACUGAGGGGACACAUCUGAGAACCAUCAAGCUCCUCAACAUGAGCGUCAUCAAAAUCAGCAUUAGCAACAACAAGGGGCGCAACGUCUUCAUGAUUCAUGUACCUAAAGAAUACGACUUGGUGUUGGAGUUCCCAAGCGAGGUUCACCGGAUCCAGUUUGGGCAGAGUCUGACGGACUACCUCGGCAGCUACGACACGGAGUUCAUGGUGCAGGAGAUGUCGGUGAAGGAGCUGUACGAAAUGGCCAUGACCAAGACCAAGAGGAAUGCUCAGCUGGAGAAAUUCUUUAAGACUGUCUUUGCCGAGGCGUUCAAGAUGGACUAUGACCCGACACUGGACCAGGUGCAGCUGGACAUGAAGAAACAAACCAAGGAGAUCCUCCAGUGUGAACUCUCUAAGGAGGAGUUUGCCGAGGCUCUUGCAGUGAAGGCCGACUCAGACUUCGUGGAACACUUCUUUUGCCUCAUCGACUCCGACAGGAACGGCUACAUCUCCUUCAGGGAGUUCCUUAACGCUGUCGUGCUCUUCUCAAAGGGGACGUGCCAGGACAAGCUACAGACGAUGUUCUACAUGUACGACAUGGACGGCAGUGGUGUGAUGACCAAGAAGGAAAUCUGCCAGAUGUUCAGGUCACUGUUGGAGCUAGCACAGAGUAACCUGGAGAGCCAGGAGGUCGAGCAGCUGGUGGAAUCUCUGUCUGUCCAGGCAGGACUCGAGGAUAAGGAGCACUUCCGGUUUGAGGACUUCUGCCAAAUCCUGUCGCCCCAGAUGGACAUGUUGUGGAACGCCUCCAUAGACUGGAAAGGAAUCAAGAACUGCUUGCCCAAUGAUAAGAGUAACCACAAAGCGAAGGGUGAUUCUGACGUCCGUCAGCGCACAAAUUCCCAUCAGACGUCAGGAAGUCAGUCCAGCACAGAUUCUGUCCACUCUCCAACCGCUAGACGGAGCUUCACGGCUGUCAGGGAGAAGUACACUCCGGUCAAAGCCAAGAUCAAGAUGGUGAAGCACUUCGUGGAAAACUAUCGAGCACACAUCUUCUUCCUCAUCAUGUUCUUCGGCAUCAUCUUGGGGCUGGCAGCAGAGAGAUUUUACUACUACACAGUCGAGAGGGAACAGAGCGGACUCCGGAAGCUGAUGAGUUACGGCAUCAGUAUGACAAGAGGAGCUGCUGCCGCGAUGUCGUUCACAUUCUCCCUGCUGUUACUGACGAUGUGUCGCAACACUAUCACCUUCCUCCGGAGCACCUUCCUCAACUUCUUCAUCCCCUUCGACUCCCACGUCUCCUUCCACAAGGUCGUCGCCUGGACAGCGCUGUUCUUCUCAGCUGUCCACGUGAUCGGCUACAGCUUCAACUUCUACAGCAUUGCAACACAACCCACUCGCUUCCUGUGCAUCUUCGACAGCAUUGUCUUCCGCGCCGAGGCCCUCCCGACCUUCACCUUCUGGCUGUUUGGCAACAUGACAGGGUUCACUGGUGUGCUCCUGGUGGUUGUGCUGUGCAUCAUGUACGUGUUCGCCACCCAGACAGCUCGCCGCCACAUCUUUAACCUGUUCUGGCUCACACACAAACUGUUCAUCAUCAUGUACGUCCUGGUCAUCCUCCACGGGGCGUCGGUCAUCGUGCAGAAGCCGCUAUUCUACGCCUACUUGGUGGGCCCCGCCGUCUUGUUCACCAUCGACAAGAUGGUCAGUCUCAGCAGGAAAAAGGUCCAGAUCAGCAUUGUCCGAGCACAGAAUCUCCCGUCAGAUGUUACGAUGCUUGAGUUCAAACGUCCGUCCAAGUUCGAGUACAAGUCGGGGCAGUGGGUGCGGAUUGCCUGCCUCACCCAGGGCAAGGACGAGUACCACCCCUUCACCCUCACGUCAGCACCCCACGAGGACACGCUCAAGGUGCACAUCCGGGCACUCGGGCCAUGGACAUGGAACAUCCGGCAGACAUUUGACGCCCAGACUCUGAAGGACAACCCACUCCCAAAGCUGUAUCUUGACGGGCCCUAUGGUGCGGGACAGCAGGACUGGUACCAGUACGAGGUUUCUGUCCUUGUGGGGGCGGGCAUCGGAGUCACACCCUACGCCUCCAUUCUCAAGGACUUCGUGCACAUGUCCUCUAUCAGAAGCAUGUACAAGGUCAAAUGUCAGAAGCUGUACUUCAUCUGGAUCACGGGCAGUCAGCGCCACUUCGAGUGGUUGAUCGACAUCCUGCGGGAGGUGGAGGAGAUCGACACGAUGGGCAUGGUGUCCAUUGACAUCUUCAUCACACAGUUCUUCCAGAACUUUGACCUCAGGACGGCCAUGCUGUACAUAUUUGAGGAGCACUUCCAGAAGAUGACAGGGGGAAAGAGCGUGUUCACGGGGCUGAAGGCAACCACACACUUCGGUCGCCCUCAACUCAACAAAAUCAUGAACGCUGUUCACCGCGCUCAUCCACAGGUGAAGAAGGUGGGCGUGUUCAGUUGUGGACCCCCCGGCGUGACGAAGGGUGUGGAACGGGCAUGUGUGGACUCCAGCAAGAUGACCAAAGCUUUGUUUGAACACCACUAUGAGAACUUCUAGACUCCUUCUUAAUAAGAACUUGUCACAUGACCAAUGUUUUGUAAAUUUCACAAACUGAUCCUAUGGAUGAUUCAGCCAGGUGCGUAGAUAGAGUGUCUUUACACAGUGCCUUGAUAGAGUGCCUAAACGCUGAACCAUGAUAGAUAGCUUUGAUUCUUUGGCUUGAUAUAGUGCCUUGAUUCUGUACAUGCAAACUACCUUGAUGCUGUACCUUGAUAGAGUGCCUAAACGCUGACCCUUGAUAGAUAGCUUUGAUUCUUUGGCUUGAUAUAGUGCCUUGAUUCUGUACAUGCAAACUACCUUGAUGCUGUACCUUGAUAGAGUGCCUUGAUUCAGUAUCUUGAUAGAGCGCCUUGAUGCUGUAUCUUGAUAGAGCGCCUUGAUGCUGUAUCUUGAUAGAGCGCCUUGAUGCUGUACCUUCAUAGAGUGCCUUGACACUGUACCUUGAUAGGGUGCCUUGACACUGUACCUUGAUUGUGUGCCUGGAUGGAGUACCUUGACAAAAUGCCUUGACGCUCUGCCUUGAGUGCCUCACCAGUGUGUCUUCAUGGUGUAUCUAGAUAUGCCUGGCUUUGUACUACUUGGAUUUCACCUCCAGGUACAUAUUACUGCGAGUACUGGUAAACUGAUGCAUUGCUGUAAACAUGAGAUUGACAAGGCUGGACAGCCAUACUGUGAUAAGCCGAUGUGAUAAGCCGCCGUGAUGCCUGUAUUUAUAAGCAUGGCGACACAUGUGGUUUCCUUGAUGUUGUUACGAUGUACAUAACACCUAUGUUGUUAUAUUAUAAUUAUGUCUUUGAUUAUAUUUGUAUAAACAUUGUCUAUCCAUGAUACAUUUUUGUAAGAGUUUCACCCCCCCCCCCCCCCCCC